AACCUGCCGUCCGGCUCCGGCCACCACGACUCUCCUCCGCCGCCAUCCCCUGCGACGGCCACCUACCCCACACCUGCCGCCCGCCGCCAUCCCCUGCGACAGCCCCCUACCCCACACCUGCCGUUCGCCGCCGGCCAUCACGGCUCUCCUCCGCGCGCAUCCCUUUGCGACAGCCACCCCCUGCUGCCCGCCGCCGGCCACGACCGCUCUCCUUCGUUGCCACCACCUCCGCUGCCUGGCCUGGGCUAUUAUGCAUGGCCGCGGGUGACGGAUGCGGGAGACGAGUUGAUUUCCUUGUGCAAUCGGGGAGGAGUCUGUCUAUUUGACAAGUUGUAAUCAGGAUCCUCCUCCCUCUCCUCAAAUAUCUCAUCCCCCUUUUGGAGCCUGCCGGCGAUCCGUCAGCCGGCCUCGAUAAAUAGAGGAGCAGGAGGAGUGGGAGGGGGCGGUCGUUGAUCGAACAAGUUGGCGUCCCUGAUCUUAUUUUCCCCGGCGAUUAGUCUGCUUUCUUGUGCCGGCCUAAAUAAACAGAAGAGGAGGAGGGGGAUUCGAUUCAAUUCAAAUAAGGUCGAUCAAAUAGUGCAGGCGUCACAUCAUCAAGAAAAACAGUUGUUGAUCCGAUCAGCCAUGACGAAGAAAAGACGUCACCGCAGACGCAAUGUAAAUGCCUCACAGAAAGCAACUCACAACAAAGACGUUGUUGGCAGCGAAGAAGAUGGAGACAGGCUUAGCAGGCUGCCCAAUGACCUUCUGCUCAACAUUCUCGAGAGGGUGGACACGCUCGAUGCAAUAAGAGCUUGCGUCCUCUCCAAGCGAAUGAUGAUGCUCCCCACCAUGAUCUCGCAGUUCUUCCUGAGCUGUAGUUCCAUUCCAGGUCACCAUGUUAGAGCUCGUGUCUGCAACGUCAGUGAAUUUGUCAGAACCAACACUGUUGUGGCUCAUGUAGCGGAUAACAUCUUGAGCACAAGGAACCCGGAGAUCACCAUCAGCAAACUCAAAGUCAGAUUCAUCUUGAUGCAACCUGACUGGUACAUAAUUGGCAAAUCUGUCGCCUGUGCCAUGGCAACACAAAAGGUUGGCGCAGCUGAGUUUGAGAUCGUAACAGAGAAGGUUCAUUUAGUGUGCUCUCCUGCCGAUCUCCUCGACCAUGCGAAGCAGUUCAAUGAUUUUUUAGGUGCUUGUCCUGGUGCAUUUGCUGGCCUCAGGCGCCUGUGGCUGCGCAAUAUGAGGUUUGGUGAACUGGACAUACCCAACAUCCUCAGCACUUGCAAGCUCCUGGAGUCUUUGCGUUUAUCCCAUUGCGACUCGGGGAUGAAUUCUUUGCUGCAACUAGAACAUGCUCAACUUACUGAGCUCGAGGUCGACUAUGGGAGAUUUGAGAUAGUUGAGCUGACAUGUCUACCAAAACUCCAACGGGUGAGCUAUAGGCGGUGGUUCUACUCUGAGAAAGAUCCCCUGUAUUUUGGUUUUGUACCACAGCUUUCAAAGCUGAGGCUUUCUAAAUCUGGCUCCCUAUCGACUAGGACUAUUGUGUUAAGUCAGCUCCUUGGUAAUGUUCCUUCCAUAAGCGAUCUGCAUCUGGAUUUUGAAAGUGAAAAGAAUUGGGUUCUGCCAGAAAGCCCGGAGCUGCUCAGACCUGUGCUCAGCAAACUACAGCAUGUGAUUCUGGACAAUCUUCCUGAAGGAUGUGAUUUAGCUUGGACAAUGUUUAUUCUUGAAGCUGCACCGUCCCUAAAAGAGAUGUGCAUCACAGUAUGGGAUCAUUGGUGCAGUAUGUUGAUGAGAGACAAAGAGUUUCGGGAGAGAAAUGGCUACUGUGAAAAGGCGGACGUGGAGUGGAAGCCACAUGCCCCUGAUUUCAAGCAUAAGAAUCUGGUUAAGCUCACCAUCUAUGGCUUCCAACCUGAUGACAUCUUUGUGGGAUUCAUCAGCUGUGUCAUGGAACAUGCGGUCAAUAUGGCGGAGAUAUCUCUGCACGACAGGAAGGUAUGUCUGUGCUGUGGUGACUUGGAUCCGAAGGUGAAGUGCGCAUCGAGAUUUCCACGGAACGCUGAUGAGCGCAAGAAGAUCAUUGAAGAAUUGGGGAUUUCUUUGCCUGCUAUGGUUCACUUCCUGUCAUAAUAAUUGAAAAGAAAUGAGAUGUAUGACCUAGUAGUAGUUUGUAAGUUCUGUGUUCUAUGGUCUGUUGUUGGAAGGAGUUCAGGAAAUCCAUAAUUCAGUAGUUAUUGUGCUUGUACACUUGCUUUCCCUUAAAUUGAAGCUAUGUGAACUGUUGCCUA